AUGGGCUGUACGAUGAGCGCCGAGGACCGAGCUGCAGCAGAGAGGAGUAAAAUGAUAGACAGAAACUUGCGAGCAGACUUCAACAAACAAGUGAGAUUACUUUUUUAUGGUGAUUAUGGAUCUGGGAAAAGCACAAUACAAAAGCAGAUGAAGAUUAUUUGCCAAGGUGACUACUCACAAGAGGAGUGCAGACAGUACAAGGUGGUGGUGUACAACAACGUCAUCGAGUUCAUCCAGACAAUCAUCGAUGCUAUGAGACAGCUAAAGAUAGAUUUCGAGGAUGCUGAAAGGGCGGAAGAUGUCAGCCAGCUGUUUGCCCAGGCGAGCUCAGUGAAGGAGGAAGUGGUGUUGUCGACAGAGCUCACAGGUGUGAUUAAGAGGUUGUGGAAAGACGGCGGAGUUCAGGCUUGCUUCAGUCGGUCCCAAGAGUAUGAGCUCAAUGAUUCUGCUGCCUACUAUCUGGAUGAUUUGGACAGGAUCUGCCAGCCGAGCUACGUGCCGACUCAGCAGGAUGUGAUGCGUGCAUACGAGAGAACCACUAAAUUCUACACUCAGUACACCUUCAGAAAUCUUACCUUCGAUACGUUUGACAUGGGCUUGAUGAAUAAGACUAGUAGGUUGAGGAAGAUUAUAUGGGAAUCAUCAUUCACAAUCAUUUACUGUGUAUCGCUCAGCAACUACGACCGCAUCUUGUACGACGGAAUGUCCCAGAUGCGCGAGGCCAUGAUAACGUUUGGCAACAUCUGCAACAACAGGUACUUCACAGGAACCCCCAUCAUCCUUCUCUUCAACAAGAAGGACCUGUUUGAGGAGAAGAUCGGAAAGAGUAGACUCACUCUCUGCUUCCCAGAGUACUCUGGCGGCCACUCAUAUGAAGAGACAGCAGAUUAUAUCCGGUGCCAGUUUGAAUACAUUAAUAAACGGGAUGUGAUGUACAGCCACUUCAUUUGUGCCAUAGACACCAAGAAUGUGCAGACUGUGUUGGAUGAGAUCACCGACGUCAUCAUCAGGGUCGACCUGCGGGAGUUCAGGCUCCUCUAA